AUGGCCUGGAGUUUGGAUAGUUUUGAGAUUGAUACUAGGGAUUUGACAGAAACAACAAUAACUCAGGUACACAGUACAAGGACAGGUAGUGUGAUAUCCAGGUGGUGUAGUACCCUGUCGACAAUCGAUGUACUUCCUUUCAAUCAACCGGUUGGACCAGUACAUAUUUUGACUCGUGAUAAGAAUGAAAAAGACUUUUUUCAUUUAAUAUUUCCUGAUAACACUUACCAGUAUUUAGCAGAUCAGACAAAUUUAUAUGCAUGGAAGUGCCGAGAUGUCAAACCUGAUACAAAAUGGACUGCAGUAACUGCAGACAAGAUCCAAGCCUUUAUUGGUCUUCAUAUUUUGAUGUCUGUCAUUCCAUUGCCAGCAUACAAGGAUUAUUGGACGAGGGACAAUCUUUGUGAGAUUCCAGCCUUUACCAAAAUAAUGACACGACUGAGAUUUAAGAAAAUCUUACAAUACUUCCAUUGUAAUGAUGUGGAGAAUCCUCCACGUGGAGAUCCAGUUCAUGAUCCUAUUCACCAUGUCAGGCCAAUAUUUGAUGUCGUCCAGCAAAAUUUACAUGACAAUUACAAUCUCCACAAAUCUGUAAGUGUGGAUGAGGCUAGGAUACCCUUUAGAGGCUGCCUUAGUUUUAGGCAAUAUCUUCCAGCCAAACCAUGUAAAUUUGGAAUAAAGGUUUGGGAACUUCCUGAUAGUUAUAAUGGGUAUGUGUAUAAGAUGCAGAUGUAUACAGGAAGAUCUGAAAAUGGAACACGAGAAGAGAGACUUGCAUCAAGAGUUGUCAAAGAUCUGACUCGAUGUUUAGUUGGUAAAAAUCACCAUGUUUACAUGGAUAACUUUUGUACAAGUCCUGAACUGUUUGUGAAGCUGUCAGCAGAUAACAUAUGUGUAACUGGUACAUGCCGCGUGAACAGGAAAGGUUUUUGUCAACACAUGCUGAUCCCACUAAAAUGGUGGAAAUGAAGAGGAAGCAGAAAGACGGUUCAAUACAGAACAUUCUAGCACCUGAAGUUGUAGGAACUUAUUCAGAAAACAUGAAUGGUGAUCAUGGGGAUCAACUUCGACUUUAGUACCCAUCAGGAAGACGGUCCAAAAAUUUUGGAAAUAUCUCUUUUGGUUUUUAAUUGAUACUGCCAUGGCUUGCUCGUUAAUACUUAUGCGUGAAUCACCAAAUCAUCGCCACACUACUCGUACUGGAAAUCUCAAAUGCAGGUCACGAGUUGAGCUUCGUAGAAAUCUGGAGCGUCUUCUUAUAGGGCAAUUUCGAAAGAAACGCAGGAACUCCUUGACUGAAGUGGGUAGUAAUGGCAGGUCUCACUGGCCAGUUCUCAUGUCAAAACGUGGCAGAUGUAAACAGUGCUUGAAAGACAAACUGCACAAGGAAUCUAUGCAUGUGCCAUAUGUGGGAUAAAUUUGUGUGUGGUUUGUUUUGAAAAGUAUCAUGCCAAAGUAAUGGAUGAAGAGUAAUAAUUACAAGUUCUUUACCACAUCUUUCUUUUUUCUGUUCAGUAUAGCUAGCUGCUCUACUUGAUAUACAGUAUGUAUUGGUUAUCACAUUUUCAGGAGCGAGUGAGUGCUUGGGGUUUAACGUCGUACUCAACAAUUUUUCAGUCAUAUGACGACAAAGGAAUCCUUAGGGUGUAUGUAAUGUGCCUCCUUGUCGCAGGACAGAUUUCCACCGCUCUUUUAUCUAGUGCUGCUUCACUGAGACGACUCACCAAAGGUAAGUAAUCCGCCACGCCCGAGCCAUUAUACUGAUACGGGUCAACCAGUCGUUGCACUAUCCCCUUCAUGCUGAACACCAAGUGAGGAAGUUACAAAUUCCUCUUUUAAAGUCUUAGGUCUGACUCAACCCAGGAUUGAUCCUGAAUCUACCACUCCUGAAGCUCUACCAACUGUGCUUUCGGGGCCGGUCACAAAUUUAGGACAUCUUCAACAUCAUUUUUAUUGUGAAGAAAAGCUAAAUGCCUGACUGGAAACUAUUCUUAAAUCUAAUUGCUAAUCAGACACUAAAAUUCAAACCAUGCAGGGGCAUCCCCAGGCCUAGUGGAUAUACAGGGUUCUCUGGUCUCCCUAUAAUGAGGUUUCUGAACUUUGAUUUGAGAGUGUUAGGACACCAUCAGUGGCUACGGCAAAAGUCAUAGUUAGUUGACAUUUGUCACAUUAUUUUUUUGAUAUUAGCCAAACAGCUCAGUACUAGUGUACUGAGUAUAGUACAAGUAGGUUGUAUGUGAUGUAAAUUGAAUACAUUUAUCAUCUUUCUUUAUACACUGUUCAAGUCUUCCCAUAUCGGGUUAAUCUGAGUUCACUUGUAAGUUAUCCAUCCAAGUACUAGUUAAAUUUCUUUUUUUUUUUUGCUCCCUACAGAGCUGUAUGUGGGAGAUGAAAAACUGCAUGCAAUCUGCACAAAGUUACAUGAACAAAAGUUGUAAAUUGAAUGAAUUUGUCAUGCUUGUUUAUUCUAUCAGUGUAUAUUACCUUUACUCGAUAUGCAGUACACUAAGGUCAAGUGGGCCCUACAUCAUACAAGCUGGGAAAAGUCCAGGCAAGUAACUGGACUUGAACUCACAACAUAAUAGACCUUGUGGAAGUUGUAAAUUGAUUUAAAUGGGUUAUUGAUCAUCAGAGAAUUGUUCUCUGUGAGUCAAACAUGUUUGCCUGAAAGUUACCUGAAUGAUCCCUUUUGUAAAUGUUGCAAAUGAAAGGAAUUUGACAGGAUUCUGUAUUCUCUGAACAAGCCUGUCAAUAAUGUAUUAAUUUUACUAACAUGGUUGCCUUAAUGCCCACUGUAUUGUAAAUUCAAAGUUUAUUGUUAUUUCUACAGUCCCAAACAAACCUGUCAAUAUAAAG